ACUCGGGAUAGGAUAGCGAGCGCCAGCGCGAGCGCUGAUAACUCGAUUCGCCCACGUCGUCGGGGAACGAAACGAAUGUAUACCUCACAUGAAGCCGUCAGUCAACCACGAACUUUCAUGAAUUCAGCGUGUACCCAAGUUUAGUGUGAAUUCAUUCGUCGAAAAGCAACACAACCGCGAUGACCGUAAAAGUGACUCUGUCGGGUGAAAAACCAACGCCCCCACCGCAAACAAAGACACCGGCCGCAUCGGGAUCCAUCCUAGAAACCGUAAGACGCUGGUACAUCAAUUCAUAUUUCAAAUCAAACGAUGGAAAGGCGAAAGUCGCUGAAAUCAUUUUCGGACUGAUGGCAACGAUCUUCCUCAUUACGUGCCACUGGUUAACAAUCACUGAGUACGUCUUCCUGUUCGUAGCCUUCAAUGGCACCCUGCUGACGGCGAUUGUCCUGUGGGACAAUGUGAACGGAGGGAAACUGCGUAAUCUGUUGGUGGUCUCAAUCCGGGUGGACCAACGCUACAACGCAAUCGUUGCUCUGCUCUUCUACAUCUUCGCCUUCUUCGAGUUGGCUGUCGCCGGAAGUUACUAUGAGCCCGGUUCCAAAAUAGCGGCCGGAGUGACCGGAAUGCUCGCCAGUAUUGCAUAUGCGUACAAUUGGUGGCUGCUAUAUCGGGAGAGACUGCUGGAGGGAAUGAUUGCCGCCAAAGUGGAUGAGUUCAAUCAGCAGGAGCAGAAACAGCGGAGCGGAUUGGUGCAGGAUGUCUAGAAGGGUUUGACCCGCUUAUGAAUUGCGAUUUGCAUUUAGUUGUACACAGGUGAACAAAAAAAAAAGUGAAGUCAUGAAGUGGAAAUACCAAUGCUUGAAUCUUGUUUGUAAUUUGGGAUGGGAUUCACUGCUUUUGCGUGCGUUGAAUGCGUUGGUUUGUGUGUGUAAGGAGAGAUUGCAGGUGAUGAGCUAAGAGUGGGGAAAUUUAGGAAAAAGGACCUUGUGGAAAUCUGCUGGCAAGAUAGUUUUUUCAUAGUGCACUGUGUAUAAUAAUCUGAGUAUUCAGAUCUCACAAAAAAUGAUAGUUCAUACAAAAUAACCGCUGAUAAUUACAUUUUUUUGCGACCAAUUUA